ACGAACUUUAUUCCCAAUCCUCUCUGUCUUAUUUAUAAUAUUUAGAUUUAUUUAUGAAGUGAGGACGAGAUCACAGACUCUGAGACAAAAAAAGCAGAAAUCUAAACAGCUGACAGAGGUGAGCGAGGAGUGGCCAGCAGCUGUACUAUGGACAGAGAGGGUGUGGCCACACCUGAGAGUUUCACCUGAGAACAAAAUAAGCACAGACCUCACCUGGUGACUGAGUCAGUGUCAGCGCUGCGAGGACAAACUUUGACUUUGGAUUAUCGCCUCAGAACUUUCAGGGUCAUCAUGGAGCCGCUGUCCACACGGUUAAAGCUGCUUUUGCUGUUUCUGGUGACAAUCCAGCAGAGAACAGAGGCGAUGGAGGUGGCGUCCACGGGGCCGCAGACCAUUCAGAAAGCCCAGGGCGCGACGGUGAAGCUGGCCUGCACCUACACGCCGGGCCCUGAGGACACCGGGGAGCUGGACAUCGAGUGGUCCAACGUCAGCCCGGACAUGACGCAGAAAGACCAGCUGCUGUUGUCGUUCACGGGAGGCCGGAUGCUUCAAUACGGCGACCCGAGCGUCUCCAGCAGGCUCAAGUUCACGGGGAACCCCAAGCUGGGGGAUGCCUCCAUCUCCAUCUCCGACGUGAGGCUCUCCGACACCGCCACCUACCACUGUAAGGUGAAGAAGGCGCCGGGCGUCGACACGAGGAAAGUCACUCUGGUGGUGAUGGUUCCUCCAUCCACUCCAAAAUGUUGGGUGGAUGGCGGCGAGGAGCGAGGCGGCACCGUCUCCCUCCGGUGUGAAUCCUCCGUGGGGUCCACGCCGCUCAGCUACACCUGGACGAGGGAGAGCGGAGGUGCGAUGCCGGCCGCCGCGACACAAGACCCGCAGAGAGGAGAGCUCCUCAUAAAGAACCACUCAGACAGCAAUGUUGGAAACUACGUGUGCGAGGUGAAGAACGCCGUCGGCAAGGCGCAGUGUAAAUACGCACUGCACGCUUACAACCGUAAGUCUGUCACUAUCCUGAGGGAAGAUUUUAUUUUUAAAUAUUUGCUCGUAAAACAGCAAAAAGUACCAGAGCUGAACUCUGUUUCCACCACAACAGGCGGGCGUCAUCGUCGGGGGGGAUCGGCGCUCUCCUGCUGCUGCUCCUCCUCCUGCUCCUCAUCUGGCUCCGAUCUGCUGCUGGCCACCAAGCGCCGCUUAUCAGAAGAGGUCGCGACGAGGAUCAAGGUUCGUUAUCGGAGCUUCGAAGAACACGAUGAUAAAUCAUCACGCGUGUUCAUUCAUGUGACUUACCACCACCACCACGACCACACCACACCGGACCCCCCACCACCACGACCACCACGACCACGACCACCAACCCCCCCACCACCCACCACCACCACAACAACCACGCAGACACACGGACCACACCACGACACCACACCACGGACCAUGCACACCACACCCACGACGACCAUCGACCACCCGACCCACCAGACCACCACCACACACGACCACACCACUCACCACCGGACACGACCGACCACGACCACAAACCCCCCACCACCACCUGACCACCUCCCACCACAACCACCACGCCACGAACCACACACCAACCACCACCCACCAGAUACCACCACCAACACAGAAACCCACACACACCACCAUCGACCACGCCGACCAACGACCACCACCACGGCCCCCGAGACCGGAGACACCACCCACCACCGACCACAACCACACCACAUCACAACCCCGUACCACGACGACCACGACGACCACAACCACUACCACAAACCACCACCAGACCACCCGACCACACCCACCACGAGACACACCAAGACCACACGACCACGACCGGAACAACACGACCGGACACCACAACACCACACACACCGACCACCACCACGGACCACCACGCACAACCAACCACACACCCCACGACCCCCACCACCGGACACACCACCCCGACGACCACGACGACCACGACCACGACCACAAACCACGACCACGCCGGACCACGGACCACGCCACAAACCACGACCACGACACGAUCCGCAACACCAGACCACCAUGACCACAACCACGACACGACCACACGCCAGAAAAAACCCCCCUCCCCCACACCACCCCGACCCCACCACCACACCCCGACCACGACCACACCCACCACCACACCACCACACCACAACCACCACCAGACCCGGACCACACCCACAACCCCGACCACGACAACCACCACCACCACGACCACCACGACCACCACCACGACCACGACGACCACGACCACAACCACCACCACGACGACCACGACCACGACCACAACCACCACCACCACCACGACAACCACCACCACCACGACCACCACGACCACAUCAUCAUGUGACUUACAGAUGUGCUGUUUCCUGCAGGGAGGACGCUCCGGCUCCAGAGAGCAGACCGACCAGCAGAAACUCCAGUUUCCGCUCGGUGAUGGGGUAUCGAACUCACCCCGGGGUGCAGUACAGCUCGGUGAGGAACCACCACAGGGAAUCGGGCCGCAGCGCCGUCUACACAGGAGGGAGUAAUGGCACAUCACAGCCGAUCGCGGCGGAUCGACCCGCCCCCCUCCAGUACGACCAUAAAUACGGAUACCCCGUGUGACCUUCAGGCCUCAAACAAACCAAGCAAACGAAGAAAAGACUCUUUGUAAAGUUUGAAUGGUGCAAUAUAAUAUACUGGAGAAUACUGGGAGUGCUGGGAUGGAUGAACACAAACUGCUAUAAUGCACAAGAUGAAGAAGAGGUUCUCAUAAUUUAGCUGGGACUGUAUGUAAAAUGUAAAUAUCCGGAAUAUAUAUUUUCAUUGUUUUUUUUCUAUGACGCAAAUGUAGCUUAAUCAAUUUAUCACCUUUUUUUAAAGAAAGAAAUUACGUGUGCAAUAAAACAUUUUUUUAAGGAGA